CCUGUUUAACACAAAUAAAUUAGCUACACACAUCUAAACAAAAUAAUAUAAGGGCCAAUUGCACAGGUUCGGUAUAAAUAUAAACUUAAGUAAGUAGAACUUAAACUAAAGUAGAGCUUAACUAAUUUUUUCGUUGCACACCGUUGUUCUAAAGUUCUACUUUGCAAAGUGGGACUUAGUAAUGUAUAACAUAUGGCAACAUCGCGAAUUUUAACUUGUUUACUACAACAUAACCUUACAUUUCGUUAGUUUAAUUUGAAUAAUGGACGUUACAAAAAAUAAACGAAAGAGAACUUCGAAUUUUACAGCCGAUGAAAAAGACACAUUAUUUAAUAUAGUCUACAAUUAUAAGCAUGUGGUGGAAAAUAAAAAAACAGAUGCCGUGACAUGGCGUGAAAAGGAAAAUGCCUGGGAAAAAAUUGCAUCCGAUUAUAACUCAAUGGCCAGUAUACCUAGACCAAUGGAAUCGCUUAGGAAAUGUUACAUGAAUAAAAAAAAACAAAUACGACAAGAUGUUUCUAAUGAACGGAUCCAGCUGCUGCAGACCGGUGGGGGGCCCCCUGAAAUGCCAAGAGAUGAUCCGCAUAAAGAAUUACUGCUAAAAAUAAUGAAUAAAAAAACAAUUGCAGGAUUAGAUAACUCAUUUGACAUGGACAAUAUUGUACAGUCUUCGUGCGAUCAAAAUGAAAACACACAAUCCCCUGGCAAUCCGGCUAGUGAAACAAGUAGUUAUGUUGGAGAAGUUGAAAUGUUGUCUCCCUGUGAUAUUGAUAAUAUCGAAGUAAUUACAGAAGACGAUCCAAUUGCUGUUAAUUUGGAGGAAAACCAGGAACGAAUAAUCAAUUGGGGCGAUUAUAAAUCUUCGCACUUGAAAACCCCCGUGACCAAUAAACUCAAAACAGCACGCAACAAUGCAUCUAGUAGCCGUUGGACAGCGAGACGCCGACCAAUUGUAAAAGCCCUUACGACAAAUGAGAUUUCAGUGGAAUACAUGGAAUUGGCAAAAAUUAAAAAAGAAAAUGCAGAACUUCAAAAGCAAAUUUUAGAAGCUGAGCUUACAUUUAAACUCGAAGAAAAUAAAUUAAAAGUAGAGGGACUUAUCUUAGACAAUAAGAUAAAACAGUUACAA